GGCAGAAUGGCAGCGGGCUGGUCUCGGACGGUCUCCGCGUAAAACUGGGUCUGUGGUGAGAGCGCGCGGGUCAUUGCUGCACACACAGCGCGCUGUUAUUCUCUCCGGUGCACAGAUACACACACCUGUACAUGUGUGUGUGUGAAGUGCAGUCAUGCCGCUGGUGAAGAGGAACAUUGAGCCGCGUCACCUGAGCCGGGGAGCGCUACCUGAGGGCAUCGGGAGCGAACUGGAGUGUGUGACCAACAACACACUCUCUGCCAUCAUCCGCCAACUCAGCAGCCUCAGUAAGCAUGCAGAGGACGUGUUUGGUGAGCUGUUUAACGAAGCGAACACGUUCUACCUGCGAGCGAACUCGUUGCAGGACCGCAUCGACCGCCUGGCUGUGAAGGUCACACAGCUGGACUCCAGUGUGGAGGAAGUCUCUCUCCAGGACAUCAACAUGCGGAAGGCCUUCAGGAGCUCCACAGUUCAGGACCAGCAGGUGGUGUCCAAGAGCAGCGUUCCAAACCCCAUAGCUGAGAUGUAUAACAUGAGUGAGAAACCGCCGCCACUCAGCGUGCUCUCCACUUACAGAGAUGAUCAUAUUGAUGGAAUGAAGUUCUACACAGAUCCCUCUUAUUUCUUUGACCUGUGGAAAGAAAAGAUGCUUCAGGACACAGAAGAUAAGAGGAAAGAGAAGAGAAGACAGAGAGAGCAGAAGCGGGGUGUAGAUGGGACUUUACCUCGCGAGGUCAAAAAGGUGCGUAAAGCUCGUAACAGGCGGCAGGAGUGGAACAUGAUGGCGCUUGAUAAGGAGCUCCGCCCUGACCACCGCCAUCCAAACAGCCUCCACCGGGGGGCAUCCUCUGAGGGGUCUCUCUCACCAGAGGGCAGGCUGCCCUGUCCCGACAUAGCAGACUACUCUGUUCCAACAGGCCACGCCCACACCCUGCCUGGUCAUGCCCACUCUCACCCAUUUAUGCCUGGGGAAGUAGCCUCAUCCAAUCCUAGUGGAGGGGUAGAGCAUGAGUACCACAGCAUCGGUGGGCCUGUGGGUGUGGGAGUGGGCAUAGGCGCUCUGGGGGGCUACAGAGGCGGCACACUCGGGCGCUCACGCGCACCUCCUCCAAUGCACACCCACACUGAGGGGGGAAUCAAUGGCAUCGCGCUACCACCAGCAGACUACAGUAUGAUGGAAUAUUAUGCUAGUUCAGGUUCUCCUCCUCCUCCCCCUCCUCCUCCUCCUCCAGGUCCCCUCAUCCCUUCAUCGCAGACUGCUUUUGCCACACCCUUAAUGGCUCCGGCCCCGCCCACGUCACAUCCUGGACCAGUCAACUCAGCUUUAUCUUAUCCCCUCCCACCUGUCCCGCCACCUGGGCCAAUUGUGGCCCCGCCUCCUCCAGGUCCCCCUCCACCUCCGGCUCCUCCCAUUCUGCCUCAUCCGUUGGGAACGGGAGAAGGGCGGAGACGUGAAUCCCAGCCAAUCACAGACGGCCGCAGUGACCUGUUAUCUGCGAUACGUAUGGGUAUCCAGCUGAAGAAGGUGCAGGAGCAGCAGGAGCAGCAGGCUAAGAGGGAGCGGGUGGGCAACGACGUGGCCACUAUACUGUCCAGGAGAAUCGCUGUAGAGUACAGCGACUCAGAAGACGACUCUGAGCUGGAGGACAACGAGUGGUCAGACUGACUUCUGUCCGCACACUGCUACCUCCUACAGCACGUACACACAAAUGCAUAUACUCGCACACAGACGCACAUAUAAACCUACAAACACAUAAUGUCACUGUCAUAAGAAAACAUUGUAUUUUAUUGCGUUUUUAUGCCAACAGAUUUUUCAGAAUUUCUGUGUAAUUAAACAGCUAAGAUGUAAACAGUUUUUAGUGGUUCAGAGUGGUGAAACGCUCCGUUGCAGAGAAACUAAGUCAGAAUUGUUUACAGUGGUGGUGAUAG